AACACCUGCGCUCCCUGAGCGCUUUCCCUAAUUCAUGUCUAGAUUCCUGAAGCCUCUGCACAUGUAGUUCCUACAGCUGUCAUUUUAAAAAAUGCCAACAUCUCCAACGGCAACUUCUUCCUGGGACAACCUCUUAAAUGCUCUUGCUCGCAGCUCGAUAUGGAAUUGGUUACAAGCAACUUUUGUGGGAGAGACUAGUGUCCCUCCGCCAGCAAAUUUGGGGAUACUAGAUAAUCUCGCGCCAGCUGUGCAAGUCAUCCUAGGGAUUUUCUUUUUGGCUUUGUUGGCAAUUGGAUUAUUUGCCUUAUGGAAACGAAGCGUUCGAUCAAUACAGAAAAUAGUGGUGUUUGUGAUCACACUCUACCAACUUUACAAGAAAGGCUCAGAUUUUUUUCAGGCUUUGCUAGCCAACCCAGAAGGAAGUGGUCGCCAGAUUCAAGACAAUAAUAUCUUCCUGUCGUUGGGUCUGCAAGAGAAGAUUUUGAAAAAGCUUCAGAUGGUGGAAAACAAAGUGAGAGACCUGGAGGGCAUGAUCGUGGCCCAGAAGCCUGCCAUGAAGCGGGACUGCUCCUCGGAGCCCUACUGCAGCUGCUCCGACUGCCAGAGUCCCUUACCCACAUCAGGGUUUACUUCCACGUCCGAAAUGUGAUGGACUCCAGUCUUUUCCAGAAAAGCACUGCUUCCCUCGUGUGUGCAGUGGUGUAUCAAUAAAAUAGAGAACUAUAUUGAAUUUA